CAAGUAUUGGUACUUCUGUACCUCAGUUAAGCAGCAGCUCCCAACACGUUCGGCGCCACACGGACAACGGACAAAAAAAUUUAAAUUCGAAAAUUUACACUUUCAAUCAAAAACACCACAAUGGGCAAACUAGUUUUAUAUGGUGUUGAUAUGAGUCCCCCGGUGCGCGCUUGUAAGCUCACCCUAGCCGCACUGGAUCUGCAAUACGAAUUCGUAUUAGUAAAACUGCUGGAUGGCGAACAUCGCAAAGCGGAGUAUUUACGCAAAAAUCCACAACAUACAGUGCCAAUGCUCGAGGAUGACGGCGAGUACAUUUGGGAUUCGCAUGCUAUCAUUACAUAUCUAGUGCGUCGCUAUGGCAAGGAUGACACACUCUAUCCCAAGGAUUUCAUUAAACGCGCCAAAGUGGAUCAGCGUUUACAUUUUGAGACCGGCGUAUUGUUUCAAGGCUGUUUGCGUAACAUUGCCUUACCAGUGUUUUAUGACAAUGAAAGUGAGGUGGCGCGCGCCAAAAUCAAUGCCAUCUAUGAAGCUUACGAUUUUCUCGAAGCCUUCUUGGAUGAACAGCCUUACCUGUGCGGUCCGUCUAUAACUCUAGCCGAUUUCAGUGUUGUUUCGACGGUCUCCAGUCUAGUCGGUUUGGCGCCCAUCGAAGAAGCCAAGCACCCGAAACUGAAAGCUUGGUUGGAACGCAUGAGUAAGAUACCUAACUACAAUCAAUUGAAUGGUUAUGGCGCUCAAAUGCUUGUCGACUUCUUUAAAGAGAAAGUUAAGAGAAUUGUGUGAGAACUGGAGAAAGUCAGGAGAAUUUUAAUGAAAUUGAUAAAAAUAAAAUGUGUGAAGAGAGUUGAAAUUUAUUUUCAAGUGAUUUUGCGUGCAA